AUGCCAGACAUACUGAGCCAACUCUUUAAACUUCCGCCAAAACAUCUGAUCCACAUCACGCCACUGGCCAUUGGCCUCGGAGCUCUAGAAUUGAUUGGACUCUGUUAUCGAGCAAACGCAUACCUAUCCAAGCGAGACCUGAACCCCAAGUCAACCCCCAAAUCCUGGGAUCCAGAGCGGGAGAUCGUCGUAACAGGUGGGUCCAGCGGAAUCGGAGCAGCAAUCGUCAACCUGCUCGUGAACCGGGGUACAAGAACCAUCAUUCUAGACAUUUCCGAACCACUCAAUGAGCUGAAAAAAACCUAUUCCUAUAAAGUCGACCUCGCAAACCCCGAAGCGAUAAAAUUGACCGCAGCAAAACUCCGCUUGGAGCACGGGGACCCUACUGUCCUUAUAAACAAUGCCGGAAUAGAGUUCAACAAGUCAAUUCUCGAUCUCUCAGAGUUCCAAAUCCGAAGAACGGUCGACGUGAACAUCCUUGCGCAUUUUCUGCUCGUACAGCAAUUUCUACCGUCUAUGAUCUCCAAUAGCCGCGGGCAUGUACUGAGUGUAGCUAGUCUGGCAUCUUUCGCCACCAGUACGAUUAAUGUGGAAUAUGCGUGUACGAAAUCUACUGCAUUGGCUUUAUAUGAAGGGCUGGGACAGGAGUUGAGGCAUGUUUAUAUGGCUGCUGGGGUGCGGAACUCGAUUGUGAAUCUUGGUUGGGCUCGGACUCUGCUUAUACAGAAGACGGUCGAUAGUGGUGUGCGUGAUGGGCAGAUCCUUGAGCCUAGGUAUGUUGCGGAGGUAGUGGUUGAGCGGAUACUAUCGGGGGUUGCAGGCCAGAUUUUUGUUCCGUCGAGUCGUUGGGUAUUGACGAUUAUCAAGGCUUUACCUUGUCGGAUUCAGGAGGGGAUGAGGAAUCGCCUUUCUUUGAAAAGGAUUGCUGCGUUC